CCUUUGCCUCCACAUCUGAGGGGAAUUCUUGAAAAUGUGGAAAAAGCAUUGAAGUCAUAGGACAGAGGUUGCGUCUGGUUCAAGGGCAGAAUUUUCCUUCUGUGAGGGGUCAUUGCCAUGGCGAUAGUUCUGUUUUGCUGAUCUUCCAUGGCCAGCCAAGAUGAAGCUGAAAUCUGGGUGUUUUCUGCAGCAUCUGUGUUUAGAUGAAGUAUAUUGCUUGUUGUCAGUAAGAAAUACUGCAGCACUGGCUGAGUAUUUCCAGAUCCUGGAUGUUCAUCAAAAGAAUUACCUGAGCAUUUUAUUGCUUUGUUGUGAGACUGACCUAAAUAAGGACCAGCUCAUGCUGCUGUUUGACUUGCUGGACUGAAACGCAAGGGGCAGGAUUUGCUUUAAUGAGUUCUACAUGGUGGCACGCAUCCUCCUGUCCCAUGAGAACUAUCUUGAAAAGCAGUUCAUCUACCAACACGCAGGACCUGCCUUUCAACUGCUGGACAUAGAUGGGGAUGAUAUGAGUUUUAAUGAGUUUGAAGCUACAAGGUUUCUUUUCAAAAUCCAGAAAGAACUUCAGAUAUUCAAGGACUUUGAUUUUUCUGGAGAUGAGGUAAAACUAGAGAAAUUACAGUCAAAAGAUGGGCCAUGAA